GGCUCCCUCCGCAGCGCCCAGCCCAGCCAGGAUUUCCUGUUGGGGAGAGCGGGCGCGCUGGCCGGCCUUCCGGGGACCCCGCCGCGCGGGGGGCGCGGGCAGCGCCGGUGGCGGCCUGGGCCGCGGCGGCGGCCUGGGCGGCCCGCGGGGCGCCGGGCGCGGCCUGUGGGGCAGGGGACUGCGCCGGGGUCGGGGGCCGCCGCGCGGCCGGCGGGGCGGGGGCACGGGGCGCCUCGCCUCGGGGCCCAGGUGCCCGCGGCGGCCCCUCUCCCGCGGCUGUCGCACAGGCCCGGGCGAGCGCGACGCGGCCGGUGAGGGGCCCGGGCGCUGAGGGGCAGAGCGGGGCCCGGCUCGUCCCGCGUCUUUCCCCGCCGGGCAGCCCGGUCUGGGCCGCGUGGGGACGGUCUCGGACCUCGCGUGGGACGGGGUGGCCGGUUCCUGUCACGGCCCGGCGCCCCGGCGGCGGCUGAGUUGCAUGUUGGAGCUUGGCGCCAAAGGUGCUCUGGGGAGUGGCAGCCUCGGUGGGACGGGAGCGCUUCCCUCCUCUGCAGUGUCUCUCACCCGGAGUCUGUAACUCUUGCUUUGGACUCAAUAAAAAGUGUGUGAUGGGAGCAUAAAUGUGGGAUAAGAUGUGUUAGUUCUGCUGUUUUUCUUUUCUCUCCUAGUAGUCAAAGUAGUUUCUGUUGGUGAGAUGCUGUCUUAUAGCACAUCAGUGAAGUCCUCUGUAAGAAGUCUGUGCUUAGAGUUUUUAACUUAAAGCAGUUGUAUGGUGUUCUUUAUCUUGUUUACUAAGGUAGCUUUUCUUUAAUGGCAAAUGGUGUAUAUUAGAGUUAAGUGUGCUGAAAGUUGUGAAUGCACACCUUGGAGUACUUUAGCUUAAUGUUUUUUGGGUUUUUUUUAAAUUAUUAGUGACUUGUGAAGUCUUAGUAAGACUAAGCAGUUUGGUUGAAUUGUGUAUGCACAGAAAUACUUGCAAGGGUACCUAAUUCUGCUGUGUAAAUAAGGUUAAGAGCACACAUGGCAGAUCAGCAUACACUACGUGUAGACUUUUGCUCGUGACCCACUUUCUUUGCUGAAAACAGUUUGUUUUCUAGUUUUUUUAGGCCUGUGUGCUAGACAGAAACUGUUGAGGAAGAUUCCUCAUGAUAAAAUGGAUAUUUUAAUUAGGCUGGUGAUUUUUGUUGGAGGAUAUUUUCAAGUUUCAGUCAAUCUGAAACAUACUCUUAAGGCUCUAGUGCAGUUCAAAGGCUACAUCACAAGCCCUUAGAUUCUUCAUGUCGAUCAGAGCUGCUGCAAUGUAACCUUUUUGGUAUCUAGUGCCAGACUUAUCUGUGAAAGCUUUGUAGAUUGGCGGCAGCGCCAGCCCAAAUCUUGGUUGGUGCCAAUGGUUCACCCUUGUUGCAUAAUGAUAUUUUUUAGAUGUUGCAUUUUGCAGGUAAUGGCCAAAUCUGUGCUCUCUCAUUUUUAAGGACAAGACCUUUCUGCCAUCUGCAUUAUUUAAUGGAGUUAUGUUGAUGAUUGGUGCUAAUUUAAAUUAAUGUAUGAGCCUAUUUGGAGGACAGACCUGCAUAAAUACAGGCUUGACUAUCUUAACCACUAUACUAUUCAACGAUGUGUUUGCUUUUCUGAUCUCUUAAAUCAGAUAUUUUUCAUCUGAUACACACAUAGUCUGUUUAAACAAACUAGAGAGAAUGUAGUUACAAACACAACACAGUCAUUGGGGAAAGAUGAAAGCACUGGAAUUAAAGCAAUCUGCUAUUAAUACAUUAAUGUAACUUUCAUUAUAAUAGAAGCAUGGACACUCUAAGCCUAUGAUAUUUAUAUUAAGAUUUGAAGUAUGACAUGUGAAAUCAUUGUCAAAAUACAUUUGGAAGGAUAUGACUCCCUUAGGAAACAAUCCUGGAACUUUUUGAGUUUAUCCCAUGUAAGUCACUAUAAUCACUAUAAAAUUAUAUAUAAUGUAAAAUCAUUCCAAAGUUUUUAAGAGAUGCUAGCGCAUGGAAAUACCCCCAAGUUUAAUACAGACCUUCCCAUUCCUUUGAAAGUUACAAAACAGUAAUGGAAAUGAAAAACGUUUCGAAGAGUUGUUCUGAGUUCAAGUAUUGUGCUGUUAUAUCAGGAUGUAAAAACAUAAAAAAUGAAGCAAGUUGAUCUUAUUAUUUAAAUUCUAAUAAUGAUCAAAACUGAGUGCUUAAUUAAAGAUUGAAAUAGUUAUUGCUAACUGUUUAUACUCUGUACUUAAAUAUUUUUGACCUUGGUAUGGAUAGGCAUAUAAAAUUAGUUAGAAAUUGCUAUUCUAAAUUUCUAGUGAUACCGUGCAAUGUUGAAAUCAGUAAGAUGAUAGCAUUUCUGAAGAACAGGUCUGGGGAAGCAGGUUGUGGUUUGUUUGUUUGUUAGUAGUGGAAAGGAAAAGACAUUCAGAAAAGGUCAUUCUUUUUCCAGAUGUAAUGAGUGUGAGAGAUGAUAUAGUCUCAAGCGGUCUUUCAAGUACAAUUCUGCUGUGUGUCACUUUGGUAGGGAAACAUUUAAUUAGCAUUUCAUGGAACUUUGUCCUGGGGUUUUUAGGAAUGAUUGCAAAUCCUUAUCAUAGAUAUGGUAUAUAUUGAUUCAGUUUACCUUCUAGUAAAUUGCAGUGGUGCAGUCGAUGCUCUUCUAGUGUAAAGUACAUCUCUUUUAGGAGCAUGCCUUGGUAGAAGUACACCGGUGACUGCAAGAUCUCCGUGUUAGCAGGUGUUCUGCAACAACUGUUUGUGCCUGUUGAUUUUGACUGCCGAUGUUCAUUGCUGCGGUGAUAGAAGGGGAAUAAAGGCUGGGCCCAAGAUCCUUGGGGCAGGACACCAGUCUGACAGUAUUUGUCCUGUCCUGCCACCUUCCUGCUCCUCUUCCCUUUUCUGGCUGGAGACAAAUCAACAUGUCCAUGUGUACUAGAAGGAUGGACAUAAAUGGAAUAUUAUCUUGGUGAAGGGGAUAUUGCUGCCUGCAGUCAGUUCUGUAGACAAAGAGAUGUCACUAGUAGAUUUGGGAAAGAAACUUUUAGAAGCUGCACGAGCAGGUCAAGAUGACGAAGUUCGCAUUUUGAUGGCAAAUGGAGCACCUUUUACCACAGACUGGUUGGGAACAUCUCCACUUCAUCUAGCUGCACAGUAUGGACAUUACUCAACAACAGAAGUGUUGCUGCGAGCAGGUGUAAGUCGGGAUGCCAGAACCAAAGUGGACAGAACUCCAUUGCAUAUGGCAGCAUCAGAAGGCCAUGCCAGUAUAGUAGAAGUCUUACUUAAGCACGGUGCUGAUGUCAACGCAAAGGACAUGCUCAAAAUGACUGCACUUCACUGGGCUACUGAACAUAACCACCAAGAAGUUGUAGAACUCUUAAUAAAGUAUGGAGCGGAUGUUCAUGCUCAGAGUAAAUUUUGCAAAACGGCAUUAGAUAUUGCAGUAGACAAUGGAAAUGAAGACCUUGCAGAAAUAUUACAGAUUGCAAUGCAGAACCAAAUCAAUACGAAUCCAGAGAGUCCGGACACUGUGACAAUACAUGCAGCAACACCACAGUUCAUCAUCGGACCUGGAGGGGUGGUGAACCUAACAGGUCUGGUAUCUUCUGCAAAUACAUCAAAUGGAACAGAUGAAACAGGAGUGUCUGCAGUACAGUUUGGAAAUUCAUCAACGUCAGUAUUAGCCACAUUGGCAGCUUUAGCAGAAGCAUCAGCUCCGCUGUCUAAUUCUUCAGAAACACCAGUUGUGGCCACAGAAGAGGUGGUGACUGCAGAAUCUGUGGAUGGUGCUAUUCAGCAAGUUGUCAGUUCUGGAGGUCAGCAAGUUAUUACUAUAGUUACAGAUGGCAUUCAGCUUGGUAAUCUGCAUUCAAUUCCAACCAGUGGAAUAGGGCAACCAAUCAUUGUGACCAUGCCAGAUGGACAGCAAGUAUUAACAGUUCCAGCAACAGACAUUGCUGAAGAAACUGUGAUAAGCGAAGAACCGCCAGUGAAGAGACAGUGCAUUGAGAUUGUUGAAAAUCGUGUGGAGUCUGCAGAAAUAGAAGAAAGAGAAACUCUUCAGAAACAGCUGGAUGAGGCAAACAGAGAAGCACAAAAAUAUCGUCAGCAGCUUCUAAAGAAAGAACAAGAAGCAGAGGCCUAUCGGCAGAAGUUAGAGGCAAUGAACCGCCUCCAGACUAAUAAAGAAGCUGUUUAAUAAAAAAUGAACGUACUGCAAAGCCUGUUACUCCCAAAAACCUGCAGUACAAUCUUGAACUGUACGCUAUAUAGGUACACACACAGGAUUACAUGAUAGAGAAGAUGCUACAAGUUGAUAACUGGACUUAAGCCGUGAGCUCUGAUGAAUUUCUUGUAACAUAAAAACUCUGAAUUUAGAAAUUGUGAAAAGUAUUUAAAAUGAAAUACUGUAAAUAGUUGUUUUUUUUACAGUUUCAAAAUGAGUUGAUAAAUCUUUUUGAAGGGAUCCAGAAACACGAGAAGCCAAUGUUUUUGUGAAAUUUUUGAUUUUAGUAUGAAUCUAACUUCUGAAAAACAGAACAGUUUUAAGGGUGAUGUUGUUGAUUUAAGCUGACGACUUGAAAAUUAAUUAUGUGAUUAAAUGAAUUAACAGUUAUUUCUACAUGGUAACAACUUAAACUUCUCUGAAUAAGACAUUUCCAGGUGGAAAUCUUUGUACAGCUUUAAGGAGUUGUCUCAGAUUCUCUGAAAACCAUUUUUGGGUUUUUUUUAUUUUAGGCGGUGAAAUUUUUAUAUUUAAUUUCAGAUAUAUCCAAGUAGAUUUACAUGUAUAUGAAGCUAAUAUUUUUUAAACUUUUCAGUUUGUACAUAUGCUGCAUGUUUUUAUAAUUUCUACACAUCUUGCAUAGGUAUUUUUCAGCAAAGAUGAGAAAAAUUAUGAGAAAAAUGUUUAGCCUAUAGGUCAUUUGAAGUAAGCUAGCAGCCAGUUUUAUUGUGGAUGGUAUAUUUCCUGGAAGAAUGUAAUUUGUAAUUAAAAAGAAUAAAAAAACCCCAACUUAAUUUACAUAUUAGAGGCAAUUUAAAAUUUGGUAGUGGAGGCAUUGAAACUUCACUUUGUGUGUCUUACAAACAUUUUAAAGUUCAGUAAUGAAUAGAAGAGGAUGUCUCCACUGGAACACAAACAGUAGUUCUUUUAGAAUAUUCCUAUUGAUCUCUUUUCCCAAUAGCCUUGAAAUUAUUUCAGUGAUGCAUUUUUUCUAAACAGACUUUUGCAUUUUAAUUAUGCAAUUGGACAAGUAAAUUUUUUAUGUUGUGGUGAUGCUGCUCUUAACUAGCAUCAUUGUUCUUCACUGUGAUACUGUAUUUGUGUGUGUCUGUGCAGUGAUCUAUUAUGCUUAGGAUUUAUAUAGCACGUUACAUCUUCAGAGCAUUGUAAAAUCUUUUAAAGAACCCUUACUGUACUGCCUGAGGCAGGUAAGUGAGUGUUACUGUCUCAAUUUUAUAACUGGUAUAAGCGCAACACAGGGAAUGUUAAAUGACUGGCCCAAGACCACGUUAAUCUGUGGUAGACCUGGGAAUAGAUCUCGGGAGUUCCUGGCUUUUAGUCCUGUGCUUAGACUGAGCUGCCUUAAGAUUGUUCAGUGCUGUGUUAACAUUAAAUUUUGAACUACUGUGCAGAUUCCUUUUUUGUAAGAUAAAACUCUUUGUGCUUUGCUUUGUUGUUCCAUGUUUCACUGCUUUUAUGGAAUUGUUUGUAUAAACUUAAGCAAAAAGUCUAGUUUACCUAUACUGUACACAGAAGAAUUACCCUUAAAACUGUACUCUGGCCUACUUUUUCUAUUUUACAAUUAAAUAUCUUUUACACAUAUAUAUAGUGUAGAAUCAAUUCAAUUUCAAUUGUUUUGUGUAUGCACAUUAGAAGGUCAAAGCUGUGCUGUGUCAGGCAUUCAGAACAAUACGAAAAAACAAUUGUAGGCUUAGAAUGGCCUUCAAAGGUAGGAGGGAGGAGUGGGGAAAUAAUUGCAUUAUACAAUAUGAAGUAAAAUCUUCCUUCUUUAAACUUUGACUUGAGUUUAUAGAAUUGGCAGUUAGGAAAAAAUCCUAAAUAUCUUAGUAUUGGUAUAACUGGCAAAUUUGAUCCCGGUUGGCAAAUUUGACCCCAAAAUAAUCAAAAUAUAAUAAAAAUGGAAAAUCUGGGGUGAUGGUUUUUAGAACUAUUUUCAAGGAUAUAAUCAUGUUCGGCUGGUACUAGGACUUGAAGCAAGUCUUGUGCAGUGACUAACUGGAAGUUGCUAUAUUUUAGGAGGUUGGUUUGGGGGGGGUUUGUUUGUUUCAGAAACUAUCCAUUAUGUCACUAGCAAAUGCAGGAACCAGUUAGUCAAGUUAAAUGUGCUGGUUAGGUGUUGCUCCAAUUGAAUUACUCUGUGAUCAAAAUAAUGUUUGUGUCUUCACAUCCCACAAACUUAACUGCUGUUUAAUCUCUGUGAACUCUUAAUAACGAUAAGAAUUUCAGCGUUAGUCUGAGUAGUGAUAGUGGUAAUGUUCACGUCCAAAUGGAGAAUUUCCCACGGUUUUGACGGCACAGACCUUUGUAGCAAACAAUGAAAAGAACCUUUUCUAUUCAUUCUGCUUCCUGUGAGCAAAUAUUCUAUUCCCUAUUGUCUGUAACAAAAUCUUUCCAAGUGCACGGUAGCUAUACAAAAAUUUAUUUAUCACCAGCAAUAUUUACCCUACCUGUAAUUUAUUCUAGUUCUGAACAGGACCUGCUGUUUGUUCUCUUCCGCACAGAACAAGAAACCAACCUGAUGAAACUAUCAGCUUUGAGCAAAGGCACAGGGUAUAUGUCACAUGGAAUAUUUAUUGUGUAGUUUAGCUCUGAAAACAUUGUUAAAAGUAUUGCUCCUUAUUUGCUGUUCCAAAUUGAAAUCAUAAAUGCAAUUAGCUACCAGCUUUCUUUGAACAGACGUCCGUAUAUUAAAGUAAUGUAUUAGUUACUUGUAAUGAACUAGAAUCACAGUUUUUAAGAACUCUGAGCUCUUUUUGAGUUGGUCUUGUGCUUGAUGUCAGUCCCUUCUCACCUUCUUUGUUCCCCUUUGUAGUAACAUUGACAGUAAAGCCAAGAGAUGUU